GUGUGGACAGUGAGAGGAGCAGAUGUUGUUUGUUUAAGGGGACGGCAAUCCCAAUCUAGACCUGGACCAGGAGCUGUCUUGUUAUCGGGAUUGAGCAGAUCCGGUGCACCAGGUCCAGGACUCUGCCUCAGUUCAUGCUGCUUCUGUCCCCAAGCUUCCUGCACCCCAACCAGCUUGAGUCAGCGUGGAAGAAGAUCGUGAGACCAAACACAGGCAGGACGAGGAAGCAAAGAGACCCCAGAAAGCAGAAGUGGGCCCUGCAGAGAGGACCCUCCGUGAGGAGGCUUGAAAUUAUCCCCCCUCAGGAGCCUGGCAUUGCUGUGGGUGACGUCUGUGCUGCAGACAUGACCCCAGGGGACGGGAGGCCGUGGCUGCCUGCAGCGCUGCUCCUUCUGCAGGUCCCAGGUUGUUGGUCUCUGCAUGGCCCCCCCUCUGUGACGGGCACCGUGGGGGGAUCCAUGAGCGUGCAGUGUCAGUACGAGGAGGAAUUCAGAGAGACUCCCAAAUACUGGUGCAAGAACCCAUGUGUGAGGAGGACGCUAAAGACCGAAGGGGCAGACAGAAAAGGGAGGAAGGACCGUGCGUCCAUCAGGGACCAUCCUGCAAACCUCACCUUCACAGUGACCUUGGAGAACCUUACAGAGGAUGAUGCCGGGAUAUACUGGUGCGGGAUUGAUACAUCAGGGAAACCAGGAUAUUUGUUCGACCGCACCUUCCAAGUUGUGUUGUCUGUGACCCCAGCCAGCACUGCAACCCCCAGCUCUGAGAGGCCCCCCAGCACUCCAGGUCUUCGCAGGACACUGCCAGCCCCCACAUGGGACACUGCGACCCGGCAGGAGUCCUCCACUUCCAGCCAACAUCCUGGGCCCUCACUGGAGAGUCAUCCUAUUGAAGACGAAGCCACAGAGGGAGAGAAGAGGUCCCUGCUCGGCAGCGUCCACUUCCUGCUCCUCAUUCUGCUGAAGGUGCCCCUGUUUCUGAUGAUGCUCAGUGCCGUGUUCUGGGUCAACAGGCCUCAGUGGGAAAUUUGUGGGCCCCAGAGUCAGCCUGAUGAAGACAACCUUCAGCCCUCCUUGCCCAUCCAUAUCCUGUCCAGAGACAACACCACUCAGACUAGGAGAGGAAGAACUUCUGGACCCAGACCUGUCUCCUCUCCCCUUAUUGCCAAAAACUGGUAACAAACAAAUCAUUCAAUACUUGAAUGAAGCAAUGAGAUCCAUCACACACACAAGUCAAUGUGCGUGGUGUUUUGCUGGGGAGAAUGGGGGAGGGAC